CAUUACUGAGAACAGCGCCGAAGUUACAAGCUUCUCCUUCGCUAGAUUCACUACAACACUGAAACCGGAAAAGAAGAAGAAAAGAAAUGGAAGCUUACGGUGGGAUUUUGGUUGAUGAGAAAGCCGUUAGGGUCGAGAACGCUUUCCUCGAAUUCCUCAAGAGCUUCAGGUCCGGGAACCGGAACGAGCUCCACUAUGAGGCGGAGAUAGAAGUAAUGAGGGCCAACGAAUCCAACACAAUGUUCAUCGAUUUCGAACACGUCAUCACUUUCAGUGACCUUCUCCAGAAAGCUAUCUCUGAUGAAUAUUUGAGAUUUGAGCCUUAUCUGAAGAAUGCUUGCAAGAGAUUCGUUAUGGAACUGAAGCCGACCUUCAUAUCUGAUGAUAACCCCAACAAAGACAUCAAUAUUGCCUUCUACAACCUUCCAAUCGUUAAGCGAUUGAGGGAACUGGCUACAUCAGAAAUUGGAAGACUAGUAUCCGUGACUGGGGUAGUAACCAGGACAAGUGAGGUUCGUCCUGAGCUUAUCCAGGGAACAUUCAAGUGCUUAGAGUGUGGUGGGGUUAUAAAAAAUGUGGAACAAGAAUUCAAGUAUACCGAGCCCACAAUCUGCCCGAUUCCAACCUGUAACAAACGAGCAAGAUGGCUACUGAUGCGCCAAGAGAGCAAAUUUGCUGACUGGCAACGGGUCAGGAUGCAAGAGACUUCCAAAGAGAUACCUGCUGGGUCGCUGCCUAGGUCCUUGGAUGUUAUUCUUCGUCACGAGAUUGUGGAACAGGCCAGGGCUGGUGACACGGUGAUUUUCACAGGAACUGUAAUUGUUAUUCCUGACCUUUUGGCAUUGGCAUCCCCUGGAGAGAGAUCAGAAUGCCGCCGGGAAGGUUCUCAACGCAAGGGUCCUGCAGCUGGAAAUGAAGGUGUUAGGGGCCUUAGGGCCCUUGGAGUCAGAGACCUCUCUUAUCGCCUGGCCUUUAUUGCCAACUCCGUUCAGAUUUGCGAUGGUAGAAGAGAUGUAGACAUCCGAAAUAGAAAGAAGGACUCUGAUGAUGAUGAUAUGCAGUUUACUACACAGGAGCUGGAUGAAAUACAACGAAUGAGGAAUAUUCCAGAUUUCUUCAAGAAACUUGUUAACAGCGUUGCUCCAACUGUUUUUGGUCAUCAAGACAUAAAGAGAGCAAUCCUUCUUAUGCUUAUGGGCGGUGUCCACAAAUUAACUCAUGAAGGCAUCAACCUCAGAGGAGAUAUAAAUGUUUGCAUUGUUGGGGAUCCCAGCUGUGCAAAGAGUCAAUUUCUCAAGUAUACUUCAGGCAUAGUUCCAAGAUCUGUUUAUACAUCUGGGAAAUCAUCAUCUGCUGCUGGAUUGACUGCAACAGUUGCUAAGGAACCAGAAACUGGGGAGUUUUGUAUUGAGGCUGGUGCAUUGAUGCUUGCAGACAAUGGCAUUUGCUGCAUUGAUGAAUUUGACAAGAUGGAGAUCAGGGAUCAGGUUGCAAUUCAUGAGGCCAUGGAACAGCAAACAAUUAGUAUCACAAAAGCAGGAAUUCAAGCAACACUUAAUGCCCGCACUUCUAUUCUUGCCGCUGCCAACCCUGCUGGGGGACGCUAUGACAAGUCUAAACCACUUAAGUACAAUGUGGCUCUUCCACCUGCUAUACUCUCGAGGUUUGAUCUUGUAUAUGUUAUGAUUGAUGAUCCAGACGAUCAGACAGAUUACCACAUAGCUCAUCAUAUUGUGAGAGUUCAUCAAAAGCGUGAAGAGGCUCUUACUCCGACUUUCACCACAGCGCAACUGAAGCGUUAUAUAGCUUAUGCAAAAACUCUCAAACCAAAGCUUACGGCAGAGGCCAAAAAAAUACUAGUAGACUCUUAUGUGGCUCUCCGCAGAGGUGAUACAAAUCCUGGGAGUAGGGUUGCAUAUCGUAUGACAGUUAGGCAGUUGGAGGCAUUAAUCAGGCUGUCUGAAGCCAUUGCACGAUGUCAUUUGGAAAAUCAGGUGCAACCUCAACAUGUUAACUUAGCAGUGAAGCUGCUGAAAACAUCCAUAAUAAGUGUGGAGUCUGGUGACAUCGAUCUAUCUGAGUUUCAAGAAGAGAACCAGGGUGAUGAUGGUGAUAGAAAUGAUAAUGAUAGAGAUGACGGGGCUGAUAUUAAAAGAGAAGCUGGUAGUCAAGAGGGAACCCAGCAAGCUGCUGGAACAAAUGAAAAUGCAGCAGAUGGAUCUAACCCCCAGCCGAAGAAACUAAUCAUAAGUGAUGAAUACUUUCAGAGAGUGACCAGGGCACUCAUCAUGCAUCUUAGACAGCACGAAGAAACUGUUCUGCAACAAGGAACUGGGUUGGCUGGAAUAAGGCAACGAGAUUUGAUUCAAUGGUAUGUAGACCAACAAAAUGAGAAAAACGCUUACAGUUCUAUGGAGGAGGUUAAAGCAGAACUUUCCAGACUCAAAGCUAUUAUAGAGAGUUUAAUCCGAAGAGAGGGCUAUUUGAUAGUGCUGGAUGAUGGGAUGCAAGAAGCAGCAGAAGGUGCGGCUCCAGAGCACGUAUCUAGAAAUGAUCGAAUUUUAGCCGUGGCUCCUAAUUAUUACAUUGAUUGACAGCAUAAUGAUGUGAGAACUAAGAAGUUAUUUUUAUUCAUAUUGUUGCAGUGAUCUGGGGAUUCCUUAUUUUAUAAGCUGGUUCCUUGAAAUAUGUUGGAAAAUUGUGAGUGCCCCUCUGAUGUAUUUGUAAGUUGUAACUAGAAAAAAAAUUUAUCACCAAGGAGGGGCACACAGCCUAAGUAAAUUUCCUCCAUUAUUUGGUCCUUUCAUUUGACAGACAUAUAUGUAACUUAACUACCUUCUUAAUUAGAUUAGGAACAGUGUUUAUACUGAUGCUGCUUGAAGAGUUGAAUGUAUGUUUUCAUUUUACUAUGAAUUCAAUUUUGUUUGAUGA